AUGAUUCCAGUUGCCAGUGCCAGUACAGGGCUAGCCAGCGCGGGAUUGAUUAAGCAGAUUCUUGAGCAGGAGGAGGACGGGACAGGAAAGAAACCACAUAUCAUGCUGGACCAGGAUUGUAUUGAGCGUGGUUACGGAUCCCAUGCUGUGUGGCUUGACCGAGAACUUACUUUGGAUCAUGUUGGCUUCCAGCCGGAAGAGCUGGCAACAGUGCCUUGUCGUUAA